GGGAUGUCAGCUGACCUGAUGCUAUCUGACGUCACCGUGGGCGUGUUCGACCAUCGGGAGAAAUGAACGGUCAUCAACACAAUCCUCUCAGCGCUCAUCAUGUGAUUUUUCUAAAUGUCCAUGGAAACAGCUGACUAAAGUUUGGCAGCCAUUCUGCAAACAUUCAUUUGGAAGAAUUACUCUGACGACGUGACGUUGGCAACUUGGUUGGCCUGGCUUUAAAACUGCUUCCUGUUUUACCUGAUCACAGCUUGUCUGUUGAUGACCACUAUUGAAGUCCUGAGUUGUGCGUCAGAAAAGGAGGAGAAGCUGGGGCUGAUGUAGACAGGCAUGACAUUGAGCCAAGCCACAGAUGCAUGUACGUUCAAAAGGCCCAACUGAGUGCCAUCCCCUCUGCUUCUGGACUUUCAAGCAGCCUCUUAGGGGGAGGUGUCGACGGGGUACAGCUCGUCCCCUUCACCCCCAAGUAAAACCUCACUGUGAAACUGGAGGUCUCUGAUGGAUCAGGGUAGUAGUGAGCAAAGUCCAGACGAACCAGACACAGGAGACCGAGCGGAGCUGGAGGUUGGCAGGAGGGCGUCGGAGUCAGAGCAUGGCUUGUCUAAAAUCACCCAUAAUGCCCUGGAGAACAUGGGAGCGUUGGGCCAUGGCCUAAAGCAGUUCUUCCAGCCACAGCGCCGACGCUCCUCCGUUUCCCCGCAUGACUCCGCCUUGUCCUGCACAGGUGCCCCUCCCUCCGAGCCCACUGAUGUAGGGUCAGACGUAGGGGAAGUUCCUGCAUCCUCAACUCUCCCUUUGGAUUCUGACAACCAUGCUGCUUCCGCCCCCCCUGCAGCUCUGAGUCGUGUUCUGCAGCAGAUCCGAGGUGCUCCCCCAAUGAUGAAGCGAGGGACCAGCCUGCAGAGCCGCCGAAGCAAAACAGGGGGCACUGGGGAACCUCCCCAGAAAGGUAGCCCUCAGAUUCACCGACAAAGCACCCAUGAGGCCCUGCUGCAGGCUGGACGCCCACGCUCGUCCUCGACCACAGAUACACCCAGCAGCCCAGCCCUAGCAGAUAUGCUGCUGACAUCUGGUUAUCACUCCACUGAGGAGCCUGAUAAGUCGGAUCGCUAUGAUGCACCUGGACCUGCUGUAUCACCCAGUGCCCUUUCCUACGGUGCAGAUGUGUAUGGUGUUGACGUGGUUGACAGCACUCCGGACCCCCAGCGAACUAAACAAGCAAUUGCCCAGCUACAACAGAAGAUCUUAAAGCUCACGGAACAAAUCAAGAUCGAACAAACUGCACGUGAUGACAAUGUGGCUGAAUACCUGAAACUUGCUAAUAAUGCAGACAAACAGCAAAGUGCACGCAUCAAACAGGUGUUUGAGAAGAAGAAUCAAAAGUCAGCCCAAAGUAUCCAGCAACUGCAGAGGAAGCUGGAGAAUUACCACCGGAAGCUUCGUGAGGUGGAGCAUAAUGGCAUUCCUCGGCAACCAAAGGAUGUUUUAAGAGACAUGCACCAGGGGUUGAAAGAUGUUGGUGCAAAGGUGACGGGUGGCCUCUCCAGCUUCUCACAAGCUACUCAUUCUGCAGCUGGAGCUGUGGUGUCCAAGCCCAGAGAAAUUGCUUCCCUCAUCCGUAAUAAGUUUGGCAGUGCUGAUAACAUUGCAGCCCUGAAAGAUUCUAUGGAUGAAUCUCAAGGGGAUGAAGGUGUUGGCUCGGGGGAACCGAGAAACUUGCGGGCAGGGCACUUGCAGUCUAGCCCAAAGUAUGGCAGCGACGAUGACUGUUCCAGUGCUACAUCUGGCUCCGCAGGGGCCAACAGCACCACCGGAGCUCCUGGAGGUCCCCCGAGCUCAAAGGGAAAUACACUUGACCAUGCGCAGAGUUCAGGAUUUGAUGCUAUAUUCCAUGAGAUCCAAGACCUUCGUGAAAACCAAAGACGGCUGGAGGAGUCUGUUGAAAAAGUAAAGUCCCACUAUCAGAAGGACUACACAGUGAUCAUGGAGGCCCUGCAGGAGGAGCGAUACAGAUGUGAACGUUUAGAAGAACAGCUCAAUGACUUGACAGAAUUACACCAGAAUGAAAUUUUGAACUUGAAACAGGAGCUAGCCAGCAUGGAGGAGAAGAUUGCUUACCAGUCUUACGAAAGGGCGAGAGACAUUCAGGAAGCGUUGGAAGCAUGUCAGACCCGCAUCUCCAAGAUGGAACUGCAGCAGCAACAGCAGCAGGUGGUGCAGCUUGAGGGCUUGGAAAAUGCCACAGCCCGGACUCUUCUGGGAAAACUCAUCAACGUGCUGCUAGCCGUCAUGGCUGUUGUGCUGGUGUUUGUGUCCACAGUGGCUAACUGUGUUGUCCCCUUAAUGAAAACACGCAGCCGCACGCUUUCCACACUGCUUAUCGUGGUCAUCCUGGUCUUCCUCUGGAGGCACUGGGAUGCUAUUUCAGAGUAUCUGCAUCACCUGCUUCUGCACACCAGAUGACCGCCUUCGGAAGGCUGAGCUAAAUGAAGGGACAGGGUUUGAGGUUGUUGUGUAAAAGAACACUGAAUUGCACACAGAGUUGAAAUGCUGGUCCUACUUUUUUCUUCAGCUUUAGCUGCUUCUCAAAAUACUAAGAAGGAUUGUAUCAGAGUUUUGUCACUUUAAAAUGUGUUUUGAGAAGCUUUAAGUGCGGGAUAAAGGUAGAAAAAGCUGGGUGUAUUGCUGUCUUUGGUGCAAUUGUGGCAGAAACCCGUACAAGUGCAUGUGGCACAGUUGAAGGACGGUCUGAGAGAACUGCACAGUUGAUUUCUCUCGAGUGAAUUUGUUUACACUUGGAAGACUUGUAUUGAUGCUCCACAGAAGAAAUUGUAAUUCAACAUUGAUUACUUUGGAGCCAAUUCAAGUGGUACUGUUUUAUUAAGUCACUUUUUUAAUGGAGUUGGUUGAUGGCUUAUUGCUUUUUUUAACAAUGAGCUAACAGUAUUCUGGUAGUUCACAUUCUUUUUUGAAGUUCUUUCAUUUCUGGUUUUGCAAUUUGGAAUUUAAUUUGUUUACCGACUUUAAAUUUCAGUUCACGUGACCAACUCUUCGUGCUCUUGUCACUGAACAACGGGGUGCUUGCACAUCAGCUACAUUUCUCUGAAAUCAGCCUUGACACUGGAUCAAAUAGUAGUUUGUUCUUAACUUAUUUCUUUCAGUUCUUUUGGAAUCUGUGCAGCCAAUACUCAUUGGCUAUGACAUAGCCAGGAUCAAGAUUUCAAGAACCUGCAGUUUGGAGUUCCCGCUGUGCCCUCUGAUCCAGCUGGGUCCCACAAUGCCCUUCUGUCCUGCUGGGGUUUUUUCACUACAGAAUCUAUGAACUGAAUUAACAUACUUGAAGAGCGGUUACAGUGCUCAAAGACUCAGUGCUUCCGUACUGUUUCUAGUGACAAUGAAAUAGUAAUACUUUUUAGUUUGUUUUUUUUAAAGGUGAAAUAAAUUUGCUGUUUUGAAAGUGGAA